AUGACGAUGCCAUUCAGUCCCCUCUCCAGUGACGAGGAGCAGCAAAGGAUGCUGGGAAACAGACAACACCUUUAUCCAGGGGCAGAAGAGGAAGAGGACGAGGAAGAAGAGGAAGAAGAAGAGGACAUGGAAGUUGAGGAGCGAGAUGAAGAAGGGGAGGAAGAAGAGAAUGGAGAGCUAGAUGGAGAAGAAGAUGAGGAUGAGGAAGAGGAGGAGGACAUGGGGCGAAGUGCGGGGCAUCUACGAGGAGGCAGGGAAAAGGGGCACAGGCAGGCAGGCAGCAUGACAGGAGACAGACAGCUACGACCCGGGAACCCUGGGCAUGCCGCGAACCCUUAUUCGUCCAACCCAGGACCAGCCCACCAACAGCCGGCUAAUCAGCAGCAGCAGCAGAGGAGGCUGAGAGAACGCAGCUCGAGCACCGCGCCUGACGACACACAUAUCGCCAUGAUGGUGUUCCGCAUUGGCAUCCCAGACAUCAAACAAACGAAGUGUCUUCGCUUUAAUCCCAGUGAGACGGUGUGGAAGGCCAAGCAGCAGGUGCUGUGUUCUCUGACAGAGUCUCUGAGAGAUGUGCUGAACUACGGGCUCUUCCAGCCCGCCACCGAUGGACAUGACGCCAAGUUCCUGGAAGAGGAGAGACAGCUUCGCGAGUACCCACAAUCCUUUGAGAAAGGCGUACCCUACUUGGAGUUUCGUUAUAAAACCAGGGUCUACAAACAGGCCAAUCUUGAUGAGAAACAGCUGGCCAAACUGCACACAAAGGCCAGUUUAAAGAAGUUCAUAGACUAUGUCCAAAGCAACGCUGUAGAGAAAAUGGCCAAGUUUUUGGACAAAGGGCUCGAUCCAAACUAUCAUGACCCUGACACAGGAGAGACUCCCCUAACUCUGGCUGUGCAGUCAGAGCAGGGUGCUGGGGAGGGAAUACGGACACUGGUGAUGGGCGGAGCACAUAUUGACUUCAGAGCCAGAGAUGGUCUGACCCCUGUCCACAAAGCCGUCAGAGCUCACUGUCAUACUGCACUACUGACUCUGCUAGCUCUCGGUGCGUCUCCUGACUAUAAAGAUCGCCGUGGAUUGACACCACUCUACCACACCGUGCUGAUAGGGGGCGACACCUCCUGUUGUGAGACCCUCCUCUACCACAGAGCCAAGCUAGGCAUACGCGAUGAAAAUGGCUGGGAUGAGACUCACCAGGCCUGCCAGAAUGGGAACUCACAGCACCUGGAGCACCUUCUGUUUUAUGGUGCGGACUCCAUGUCCCAGAAUGCCUCAGGAAACACUGCCUUGCACAUAUGUGCUUUAUAUAACAAGGAGAGCUGUGCACGGAUUCUGCUGUACCGGGGAGCCAAUAAAGACACCAAAAACAACAAUGGCCAGACCCCCUUCCAGGUGGCUGUUAUGUCUGGACAUUUUGAACUGGGUGAGAUUAUUAAGAGUCAUCGUGAGACAGAUGUGGUGCCUUUCCUGGAAUCACCCAAGUACGCCCCCAAGAGGCGAGAAAGUGCACGUACACUGGCCCUGCCUCAUCCUCACCCAUUCCUACGGGCUAACAGUGAUAACAGCAUGAACCUCCCAGACUGGAUGGCCCUGCCCAACACCACUGGACCCAGCAUUGUCUCGGUCCAGGGCUAUAAGCAGGGGACCCUGCGGAGUUCUAGCAGUCCUCGUGGGGCCCGUACUCGUUCUCCAUCGCGUGGUCGAGCGGGUGAUCGUGAUGAACGCAGCCGCCAGCCGCGUGGCCGCCAGGGGGCGGGCUCCUUAAGCAGUCAGGGCACCGUGAGUGUUCCACGGCGGCGUCUGUACAGUGCUGUCCCAGGACGAGUGUUUGUGGCCACACGCUCCCACUCCGCCCAGGGAGACCGGGAGAUCAGCCUCAACAAGGGAGACAAAGUCAAAGUGUUGAGUGUUGGGGAAGGAGGCUACUGGGAGGGGACGGUCAGGGGCCGCACAGGCUGGUUCCCCUCAGACUGCGUGGAAGAGGUGGCUCUUCGCAGCCAGGAUCACCGCUCAGAGAGUCGCAGUGAGAAAGCCAAACGGCUCUUCAGGCACUACACUGUGGGAUCCUAUGACAGUUUCGACGCACCAAGUGACUACAUAAUUAAGGAGAAGACGGUGCUCCUGCAGAAGAAAGACAAUGAGGGUUUUGGCUUCGUGCUGAGAGGGGCCAAGGCUCAGACCCCCAUAGAGGAGUUCACUCCCACUCCAGCCUUUCCAGCACUGCAGUACCUGGAGUCUGUCGACGAGGGAGGCGUGGCCUGGAGAGCCGGUCUACGGAUGGGAGAUUUCCUUAUUGAGGUGAAUGGGCAGAACGUGGUGAAGGUGGGACACAGGCAGGUCGUCAACAUGAUCAGACAAGGCGGCAACAGCCUCAUGGUCAAAGUUGUCAUGGUAACCCGUAACCCUGAGAUGGAAGAGGGCUCCAGAAAGAAGAUCCCGCAGCAGAGUAAGAGGCUGAGCACGCCUGCUAUCGCUCUCCGUUCCAAAUCUAUGACCUCAGAGCUGGAGGAGAUGGUGGACAGAGCUUCUGCACCAUGGAAAAAAAAAUCAGAGUUCGAGUCUUCACAAGCCACAGAGAAGAAGAGGACAGUUUAUCAGAUGGCUUUGAAUAAACUGGAUGAAAUUUUAGCAGCGGCACAGCAGACUAUCAGCACCAAUGAGGCGCCGGCAUUAAGGGGUCAGGGGACAAAGAGGGACAGAGGUCGUGGCCUUUACAAUGAGACAAAUUAUGACCAAUCAGGGAUGGGAAUGGCUCCAGGGGCGGGGCUAGGCUAUGACCGUGGGCAGUUUGUGUCCGCCCAUGCCCCCCCGCACGGUAUGCUGCGACAGAAGUCCAUCGGGGUUCCUGAGGAGGAGAAGCAGUAUCUUCAUCCUCCUGCUAUGAAGUUCUCUCGCAGUCUCUCAGUUCCUGGUCCAGACGAUAUCCCCCCUCCCCCAACAACGGCCCCUCCCGACCCCCCUUUCUCCUCUGCACCUCCUCUGGGCUGGAGAGGCAAGACGUCCCAGCAGCCUUCUGUUUCCGUAUCUCAAUCCACCUCCACCUCUGCCCACUAUCAGCUCUACUCUCAGUCUGCGCAUUUGAGCCAAGGCCCGAGAGACAGGACUGCUGUUAGUGCUGCAGGACCGGGAACAGUGGACCACGCGCCCUCGUACUCUCACACGCCAGCUCCCAGCAGGACGGCAUCCAGGAAGGUGGUGGGAUACACUACAGACUCUACUGCAGCUGCAGGAGCAGGAGGGCCUAAGACAGCAGGUUUGAGACGGGGUUACAGCAAUGCGGUCCCACCAACCAGCAUUGCCACAGUGACACCCCAGCAGCAGCUGCCCUCCACCCAGACCCAGGCCUCCAGGGCGGAUCGUGGUGCGCCGGGGGCAGGGGAAGGCGGUGUGCCAAGAAGUGGAGCCCGGAGAGGAAAGGGGCCCCUUGUGAAGCAAUCGAAGGUGGAGGAUCUGCGUUCGGGCCAGGGUACACUCGGGGGGAAAGAUUCCAUAGAGAAGAGCUCCAUCCCCAUUCCCACCAUCAUCGUCAAAGCCCCCUCCACCAGCAGCAGCGGCCGCAGCAGCCAGGGCAGCAGUGUGGAGGCAGAGCCACCCCAGCCAGGAGAGACCGAGGCCUCCAAACCUCCGCCGGGUGCUCCACCACCUGCACCCACAGUUCCCCCACCCGCUCCUCCCUCUGUGCCUGCUCCUCCACCCCCCUCACUGCCUCCACUGCGUGCCCAGGACAGUCUGGAUUUCACCAGCCAGUUUGGUGCUGCCAUAGUGGGUGCAGCACGCAGGGAUCGGGAGCGCUUCCAUGAGGCACGCAGGAAGAGUGCCUCGUUCUUCCUCUCGGCUGAAGAAGAGUUGGCAGGAGGAGGUGGAGGAAAGACACAGACCUCCCAGCAGCAGCAGCUCAGUUCCCAGCCUUCGCCUCGCUUGCGGCCCUCCAAAUCCAUCGAUGAGGGCAUGUUCUCCGGGGACACUUUCAUCCACCAUACCCGGAGCAUGCCUCCAGCCUUUGGCCUGCCGGAGUACUCCUCACCUGCACCCCCAGGAGACUACCAGCCCAAAUCGGUGCCUGCUGACUUCUAUGGGGCUGGGGGCCGGCAGCAGCAACAGCAGCCCACCUCCACCACCACCUUCAUCCACCCGCUGACUGGGAAGGUUCUGGACCCUUCGUCUCCGCUCGGCCUGGCACUGGCAGCCCGGGAGCGAGCCCUGAAAGAUGACAGCCGCAUACGCAGGGAGAGGGGCACAGAGCAUCAUUUCAGCCGCCAACUCUCCAGCGUAGGCCCGUUCCCCACAUCUGUCGCUCCACACUCUCUCCUCUCUCACUCUGUAGUGUCCUCAUCCACCAUCACGUCCUCUGCCGCCCAGUCCUCUGGCACCUCCUCUUACCUCGUCACAUCCUCCUCUUUGGCUGCCACCACCACUUCCACCCGACCUCCGUCCCCAAGGAUCCUUCGUGGAGCUGGGGGCAGUUGGGGUGAGGAGGCAAGUGGUGGGGAGCGAGGAGAGAGGGAAGCCGGAGGGUCUGCAACCACACGAGAGGGGCUAAGAGUCCGCUUCUCAGAAGACAAAACCAUCCACACACACCACUACCAAGCGCAGAACUACCAGCCUACCUAUAAGGAGAGAGAGAGAGAACGACAGAGGGAAAGGUCCCGUGAAAGAGAGAGAGAAAGAGAGAGGGAGAGAGAGAUGGAGAGGGCUCAGGUGAAACAGCAGCAGCAGCCACCUACACAGGCUGCCUCCCAGCAGGCGCGGCGCCCCUCCUUCCUGAGAAUGGAGAGUGAGGCUGGGGCUUACAUGCUCUCUCUUACUCCUCCUUCUCCUCCCCCAACAACUGCCCCUACUCACCCAUCAGAGAGGACAGGAAGAGAAGGGGGCAGCGGUGUGGGCCUAAUGGUCCUCCCGCCUCCAGCACCAUCUGUGGAUGCAGAUGAUGAGUUUGUGUUUGCCGACCCUCUCCCUCCUCCUCUGGAGUUUGCCAACAGCUUUGAUCGAGGUCUGGGAGGGAUAUCAAGCUACUCUGGCAUGAUGGCUAACAACCUCACAGCACAGCAGCAGCGUCACCCUCCACCCCCUCCUCCACCUCCCCCUCCUCCUCCGCCCCCCCAAAAAGACAGUUUCAUGUCUGCCUUCCCCCCUCACACACCACUUCCAUCACCCCAAGCAGGGGAUUCCACCACCUCAAGCCUCACGUCCUAUGACAGUGAAGUUGCCAACCUCACCCAGUCUGCCCCUUCCCCCUCACCAUCCUCUCCAAAUCCACUCCCGCCUCCUUCCCCAUCCACCCUGCAACCCUCUGGACCUCCUCCACCACCCUCUGUGUCCCCCCCACCUCCUCCCACCUCCUACAGACCUUUUGGCUUGUCCCAGUCACACCAUCUGUACAACAGCACACAUCCAAGCAGUCGCUCAUCCCCAACUCCUCCACCGCUCUCUGUAGCACCCCCUCCUGCGUACCGCAGCUCCCAACAGAUCUCCUCCACUGUUGCCACAUCUGCCCCUCUGCGCGGCACGUUAAGCCACACCACAACCAUUAGUUCUGCCGCCGCCACCACCACUACUGCUGCCACAACUACAACUGCCACUGGCUCCAUUAGCCCUUACACCCAGCGUACGGCAAGCAUCACCACAGUAGCCGCUGGGGCUAGCCGGCGAGCCAGCACGGAACAGCACCCUCUUCCAGCCGCAGCCACCAAGAGUGGUGAAUCCCAGGAUACAGUGGUGGAUUCUGGGAUAGAGGAGCUGGACAGCCGCAGCAGCAGUGACCACCACCUGGAUAACAUCCUGGCCCUCAGCGGGGCUGGAGUCAGAGAGAGGAUGGAGAGAGGUAUGGGGGGAGUGGGAGGAGGAGGAGAAAGAGGUGGAGUUGGAGGAGGAGCAGAAGGAGACAGGAUGAGUGGAACAGACCUCCUGGAGUCCUAUAUGAGCUACUUGGAUGGACAAACUUUUGAAAUGCACAAUGCCAAAGCAGGCAGCACUGCCUCCACUUACCCCAAAACACAGAAGUAUCGUGAGGGCAGCCGAGCCAUCGACCUGCGCCGACAGUCCAGCACUGCUCCUCCCGUCUUUCACCGCCGCAGGGAAGAGGAUGAGGAGGAUGAAGAAGAAGCAGAUGAGGGAGAAGAAGAAGACAUGAGUGCUCGGGAUGGUUAUGGCCUGAGAGACGGGCAUGCCUUAGCUCGUUCUUCUCUGAUGUACUAUGACCGUCCCCGUACGCCAGAAAUGAAGCCGCUGUGGGGCGACGGGACACCUGUGUCAGGACAAAGCAUGGGUGAGGGAGGGGGUCAGACUGGGGGAACGUAUUUGGAAGGGCGUAAGCUGCAUCCACCCAUGUCCAGCAUGAAGGCAAGCAUCAUCAACGAACUAAGCUCUAAAUUACAGCAGAGGAGUAAAGGCAUGGAGAACUGGGGAGCUCAAAGAUCACUGAGCAGACACAGGUUUCGGUUUUCAGAGGACUCCACCGCCGCGCUGAGCCCUCCGUCUGCCCGUUCUCCGUCACCUUCUCCAAUGCAGCACUCUCAGCCUUCCUUAUCCCCCUCCCCCACACCGGCCUCUCAGCCUCCCCUCUACCCAAACUGGGCUCGCUCUCCAUCCCCGCAGCCUCCUCCUGCCGUCUCACAGCCCCCCGCCCGCUCCCACUCUCCCGUCUCCCCUUCCUCUUAUGCUCCAUAUCCCACUUCACCCAAACACCGCCCCGUCUACCGCACCAAAGCGCUGGAGUUUCAGUUCAUCCCCAGCAGAGAGUCUCGCAAGGCAGAGUCGCCUCAUGCCCAGCGUCGCCGUGCCCCCAGUCCCCUCAUUUCGCCCUCCGACAGACCCAAACUGGGUCCUCCGCGUCCCUCCUCCCUGCCUAUUCUCCCUACCACCCCUCUCUACAGCAGCCUGUAUGAGCUACGGGGCUCCAUCACUCCACCCUCCCCCGCCCACCCCCUCAGUGACCCCUAUUUCUCUCCGUCGCCUCCGCUCUUCGCUCCAUCUGGUGCCCCUCCUCCGCCCAACUCCUCCCUGGUUGUGUCUCGCUCCCUUUCUCCUACUCACUUUUUGUCAGGGACCUCCUCACCUCCCCUGCACCCAAUUCCUCCACCAACCUGCCUGAGUUACCCCCACCUCCCUCCUCCCUCACCCACCAAACCCUUUGCCUCCAAGCCCCUCCCAUACUGGACCAAGUACGAUGUGGCUGAUUGGCUGGGCUACCUGAACCUAGGUGAGCACAGGGAGCGUUUCCUUGACAACGAGAUUGAUGGCACGCACUUGCCGUCCCUCACCAAGGAGGACUAUCUGGACCUGGGUGUGACCAGAGUUGGCCAUCGCAUGAAUAUAGAGAGGGCACUAAGGAGAGUGAUGGACAGGUGA